AUGCAGCUCUGGGGUAUCCACUUUGAUGUUCACUUGGUAUCUUGUUGGCAGGGAACAGUAAAGAGAAGACAGGAAGGAGAAAACUACCAGUUUCCAGGCAUGGCUGAUGGAGGUUACCCUAAUAAAAUUAAGAGGCCCUGCCUUGAAGAUGUCACCCUUUCUAUGGGCCCAGGUGCCCAUCCCAGUACCCUUGGUGCAGAGCUGCAGGUUCCCCCAUUGACAAUGAAUCCUAGCUCUGCAGCCAUGGGCAUAGCUGGCCAGUCACUGCUACUUGAGAACAAUCCCAUGGAGAAUAAUCUCAUGAAUGGCGGUGUUAUGGGCUCACCAUUCAGGGUGUCACCAACUGCAGAAAUGGGGCUGAAAGGGCCCACUGUUCCUUACUAUGAGAAAAUCAACAGCAUGUCAGCUGUAGAUCAGGAACUUCAAGAUCUGCUGGAGGAGCUAACCAAAAUUCAAGAACCUUCUUCAAAUGACCUCGAUCUUGAGAAGAUCCUGGGGAGCAAGCCAGAAGAGCCACUGGUGUUACAUCAUCCCCAGGAACCCCUGGGUACCCCUCCCAAGCUUCCAGUUCAGAUGCCACCCAUGGAGAGCCUUGGUUCUGGCAAGGAGUUUGCUUCUAGUUGCAGCCAAGUCACCGGCACAUCACUUCCAAUCCUGCCCGCCUCCACAGGGAUAAGCUAUUCGAUUCCUUCUACCAGUAAGCAGAUGGUCUCCCCCAGUUCUUCGAUGGCCCAGGCCCAGGCCAAGAACCAAGUCCAGGGCAUGCUUCCUGUCACUUUGCCCCCAUUACCAGUGCCUCAGUGGCAUCAUGCCCACCAGCUGAAAGCACUGGCAGCCAGCAAGCAGGGAUCUGCUACUACUAAGCAGCAAGGGUCGAACCGCACUUGGUCUAGCCUGCCUCCUCCAGGUCUUUCCCCACCCUACCUCCCUGUGCCAUCGCCACACCCACCACCACCACCACCACCGCCGCCACCAUUCAGCCCUCAGAACUUUACGGCAUCCUGCAUGUCGUCCAACAGCUUGUCGGGCAGCACGCUGCAAGGCUCGCCCAAUGCCUUACUCUCUAGCAUGGCACCCAGUAGCAAUGCCACCCUUGGGCCCACCAUGCCCUAUGCUCCUGCGAAGCUCCCUGGCCUGGCUCUCAAUCAGCAGCCACAGUUCAGCCCCCAGAGCUCUAUUCUUGCCAACCUGGUGUCCUCUAGCAUCAAAAGCCCUCAGGGGCACCUGAUGUCUGCUCUGCCCACCAGCAACCCUGGGCCAUCCCCUCCCUAUCGUCCAGAGAAGCUCUCCAGCCCAGGCUUGCCGCAGCAGUCCUUCACUCCACAGUACUCUCUGAUCCGAAGCCUCACUCCCACCAGCAAUCUGCUAAGCCAGCAGCAGCCACAGCCACAGCAGCAGCCACCACCGCCUCCGCCACCACAGCCACAGCAGCAGCAGCAGCAGCAAGCAAACAGCAUCUUUAAACCCAUGACCAGCAACCAGCAACCCAAAACCCUGAGCAUGAUCAUGCAACAGGGGCUGAUGAGCUCCAGCCCAGAAGCUCCUGAGCCAUUUACCUUUGGCAACACCAAGCCCUUGUCCCACUUUGUGUCAGAGCCAGGCCCCCAGAAGAUGCCCUCCAUGCCUGCUACCUCCAGGCAGCCGUCCCUGCUCCAUUACCUGCCUCCAGCUGCCCCAGCGCAGGUCUCUUCUGCCACUGCCUCCUCCACCGCCACUGCCACCUUGCAGCUGCAGCAGCCACCGCAGCCUGACCAUCCCUCAUUCCUCCUGCAGCAGGUGAUGCAGCAGCCCCAGCGCUUUCAGAGGUCAGUGGCCCAGGAUUCCAUGCCUGCUCUGCCCAGACAGACUCAUGUAGACAAAGCCUGCAAGCUUGGGGAAGCCAGGCCCCCCCAGGUCAGCCUCGGGCGACAGCCCCCAUCCCGCCAGGCCCUGGGGAGUGAGUCCUUCCUGCCCGGCAGCUCCUUUGCUCAUGAGCUGGCCCGAGUCACCUCCUCGUACAGCACCUCAGAGGCAGCGCCCUGGGGCGGCUGGGAUCCGAAGGCCUGGAGGCAGGUGCCUGCUCCUCUACUGCCUAGCUGCGACGCCGCUGCAGCAAGAGAAGCAGAGAUCAGGUCUUAUGGCAAUGACCCCUAAACAGCAGAGUGUGCAUAUCGCCCAGCAGAUGAGUCAAUUUCAAGCCGUCCAAGAACAAGUCACCUCCAAGUGUAGCCAGACCAAGGUGAGCCCCCCAUCCAGCGAGUAUAUAAUGCCACCCACCAGGCGCCAGAACCACGAGGUCAUGGACCUGACCUCCCCGACUCUGAGGAAGCAGCAAGGAACACUCAUCUCUGGCCCCCAGUUUCCCAUAGCCUGUGGCUUCGGCCAUAACACCCUGGACAGUCUUGCCUCUGCCUGCCAGCAUCCACAGAGUCCCAAGGUUACCCUUCCAGGAGUGUCCCUGCCCAGCCCCCUGGGCAGCCAGCCCCUGAGUCCCCACCAGCUCAGACUACCCGGUGUGCCAAGGAUGCCCAUGGAGUUCAACAAUGCUGCUUGGGUGGUGGCGGCAGCAGCGGCAACCAUAGCGGUUUCCAGCCGAGCAAAUGAUAGUA